GGGAAAUUUAGUAUGGACAGCUUUGAAAGUUUAUUGGAAAGUUUGAAGUGAGAUGUGUGACUUGAUUCUAUUCAACAAGAAGAUGAUGUCCUUGUUCAAUGCAGCCAGUGUCUUGUUUGAGUGCAUCAGCAUUGAUAUGGUAGUGAUCUUGUACAAUCAGAUAUCACACCGGAGCAUCUUUGUAAUUGGAAAUGUGCUGAGUGAGCAUGGAACGAGACACAUUGACAGUUAAAUCAGAGCACUCCUUGCUUUAUGUGCAAGCAAUUUGGAGGAGCCAUGAAGAAAUAUUCAGCAGAAAGUUGGGCACAUAUAACAUGAAUAAACUGGAACAAAUAUAUUUUCUUUCAAGAUAAGUUUAAAGACUCAACCAAUAUUUCACUUGAGAUGCUUCAUUUGUAUCAGAAACCAGACACUCUUUGUUAUAUAUGAGAAUUUAGCGAAGGAGUAAUGAUUAAGUGAGACAAUCGAGUCUGAAAGCUCAAUUUCCAUGUCAGAUGAGGCAUCCAGAAGGGGCUGAUCAAAGACUGGCAAACCAUGAACAUGUUCCGCAGAGAUGAUGACGACUUUGACUGAAAUGUAUUUUGUCAAGACCAUUUGGAAAUAUUUGAAGAGAAAAGGUUUAAAUUCCCCCUGGAAAUUCUCAAUAAUAGAAGAGAAGCAAGGAAAGCUCGCAAGGCGGUCAGAGACUCUAGGCUUAAGAAACUUCGCCAGCAAAGGAAAACAAAGAGAAAGAGACAUAAGGAUAUUGUUAGAGAAUGGAAGGAGAAAAAGGUUAAGAGAGCAUACUAUAUUCAUUCAUAAUCAUUUGAACCGAACAAUA